CUCGAGCGCGCUAUGUUUAGAAAGUCAUUUUUCUUUUUUCACAGAGAAAAACAGAGACGUGAGUCGUAGUGCCGAAGAAUUGUGAUUCUUUUCUUCAUUUUCUGCGUUCACGUUUUUUUUUUCCAAAUCUCAAAUCCGAAAAAAUCAUCUCUCUACAAUCGUUUUUAUUUUUGGUUUUGAAUCCCUAAAUCUAAUCUUGUUUGUUUUCAUCCAUUUUGCAUCCUUGGAAACUGAACUCCUUUUUGACGUUGUUCUUUUCUCAGCUAACGGUAGAAAAGGAGAGAUUCUGAUACCAAAAAAGGUGUCUUAUUUGUUUUGUUAGAAGAGCGAGAGUGUCAAAAACAAAAAGUUGGUCGAGUUUUACUAUCAAGAUGGCGAAAUUUGGUGUAAAACCGAGUGUUUUGAGGUCGAUAAUGUUGAAUUUCUUCAAUUUUGGUGUAGCUUUUAUGCUAGUUUCAGCUGAGAGAAGCUUGAGGAAUGGAGAAUCUGUCAAGGAGUCUGAAACAAACAAUAAUUAUUUCCUCAAAGCUAUUAACUUCUUGUGGCAAUCUGAUGAAUCAGGUUAUCACCAUGUUUGGCCUGAAAUGGAAUUUAAUUGGCAAAUUGUGCUGGGAAGUAUAAUUGGAUUCUUUGGAGCAGCGUUUGGGAGUGUAGGUGGAGUUGGUGGAGGUGGCAUUUUUGUUCCUAUGCUUAGCCUUAUUAUUGGGUUUGAUGCAAAAUCAUCCACAGCUAUUUCGAAAUGUAUGAUCAUGGGUGCAGCAGCUUCAACUGUUUACUACAACCUUAAGCUAAGGCAUCCUACACUGGAUAUGCCUAUCAUUGAUUAUGAUUUGGCUCUUCUUAUCCAGCCAAUGCUCAUGAUGGGAAUUAGCAUUGGAGUCACUUUUAAUGUGCUCUUUGCAGAUUGGAUGGUCACAGUUUUACUUAUUAUUCUCUUUCUAGGAACAUCAACAAAGGCAUUCUUCAAGGGUGUAGAAACGUGGAAAAAGGAAACCAUAUUGAAAAAGGAGGCCGCUAGGCGUUUGGAACCAACUGAAACUGGUAGUGGAGAUGUGGAAUACAAGCCUCUUCCUAGUGGCCCAAGCAGUGAUCCUCCUAAGGACAACUCAGAUAAAGAAGUCUCUAUUUUGGAGAAUGUUUGUUGGAAAGAACUUGGACUCCUUUGUUUCGUUUGGAUUGCAUUCCUUGUACUGCAGAUUACCAAGAAUAAUACAACUACUUGUUCAGCAUUGUAUUGGGUGUUGAACUUGCUGCAGAUCCCAGUUUCACUUGGGGUAUCUCUAUACGAGGCAGUUAGUCUCUAUAAAGGGUAUAGAGUAAUUGCAUCCAAGGGAGAAGAUGGCACAAGUUUUCGAGUAGCCCAGCUUGUUACCUACUGUGCUUUUGGAGUACUAGCUGGAGUUGUCGGCGGUCUACUUGGCCUAGGAGGAGGAUUUAUCAUGGGUCCACUAUUCUUGGAGUUGGGUGUCCCUCCUCAAGUAUCAAGUGCUACAGCUACCUUUGCCAUGACAUUUUCCUCGUCCAUGUCUGUUGUAGAAUAUUACCUUCUGAAGCGUUUUCCAGUACCUUACGCUCUCUACUUCACUGGGGUAGCUACAGUUGCUGCCUUUAUCGGACAGCAUGUUGUCCGAAAGCUGAUAAUUUUAUUUGGAAGGGCAUCUUUGAUCAUCUUCAUUCUAGCCUCCACAAUAUUUGUCAGUGCAAUAUCACUAGGUGGUGUUGGCAUAUCAAACAUGAUCGGGAAAAUCGAGCGGCACGAGUACAUGGGAUUCGAGAACCUGUGCAAGUACGAAAGCUGAUAUCUCAGGUUAUUUUAUCUCUCAAUUGAUCCACCUCCUUAAGUCUCCUGUAAGUUAGGCUAGAUUGCGUUUUGGGGAAGAAAGAAGAUGGUCAAUAAUUUUCCAUUCUUUACACAAUCCCCAUUUUUCACUUUCCGUUCCGUUUUAUAUUUAUGAGAUACAUUUAUUGACAAUAUUCAGAAAUUGUCUAGAUGAAUGGAAUUAUAGCUUCCUGUUA